AUGAAUACUUACACAUUUCAAGUAUUGUGUUCUCUUGUACGUGUUAAGGGUAAGCUAAAGGAAGAUGGGUUAGUAUCAAUAGUAGAACAAGUAGCUAUGUUUUUACACAUAUUAGCUCACCAUGCUAAAAAUCGUGUCAUCAAGUUUAAAUUCCAACGGUCGGGGGAAACUGUUAGUAAAUACUUCAAUUUAGUUUUAAAGUGUGUGCUGAGGUUGCAAGAAAUUUUAAUGAAGCUACCAGAUCCAGUUUCUGAGAAUUGCACUGACGAUAGGUGGAAAUGGUUUAAGGGUUGUCUUGGAGCUUUAGAUGGAACUUAUAUUACUGUUAAUGUUCCUGAGGUUGACAAGCCAAGAUAUAGAAGUCGAAAAGGUGAAAUUGCCACAAAUGUGUUUGGAGUGUGCUCACGAGGCAUGAAAUUUGUAUAUGUGUUGCCGGGUUGGGAGGGUUCAGCUUUAGAUGCUAGGGUAUUGCACGAUGCAAUUAAUAGGAGAAAUGGCCUUAAGGUUCCAACGGGUAAGAACGUGGGGACAAUGUACCAUCUAAGCGAGUGGAGACAUGGACAUGUUCCGGCAACUCCUCAAGAAGUUUUCAAUAAGCGACAUGCUCAAGCUAGAAAUGUCAUAGAAAGGACAUUUGGGUUAUUGAAGAUGCGUUGGGCAAUUCUUUGA